UAGCGUCAGCUGAUAUCUUGAUAACAAAUCAGACAAGUUGUAAACAUACUAAUUAGCAAGUGAAUUGUUUUUUUUCUAGAAAAGCUCGGAAUUAAGCAUCAAAUAAUAUAGUUUUUGUUAAGGAAGUUCAAUUUGAGGCAAAUAUGACGGCAAUUGCAGGUGGUCAUGGUGAAUUAAAUCCCAAUGCUACUUGGUUGGGUGCACGCGGCAUGUGGUUGGCAUACGGUUUGGGUGUGCUUACCGUCCACUUGAUUUUAUUGUCGGUUCCCUUCAUAAGCAUUCCAAUGGCUUGGACAAUUACAAACUUGCUGCAUAAUGCCGCACACCUUUACUUUUUGCACGUAAUAAAAGGAGCACCCUGGCUAAGUAUUGAAAACGAUGGUGCACGACGCCUAACGCAUUGGGAACAAAUUGAUGAUGGUGAACAAUUUACAACAACACGCAAAUUUCUUACAGCUGUUCCAAUUGUUCUUUUUUUGCUGACAUGUAUUUAUACAAGAAAUGAUCCCGACCAUUUUAUUGCCAAUUUCAUUUCGCUUGUAGUAGUUACCUUACCUAAACUACCGCAAUUCCAUGGUGUGCGUCUGUUCAACAUAAACAAAUAUUAAAUUGUUAUUAAUUGGAAAAUGGUGCAUACUUCGAGAUAAAAGAGGUUGUCUUAAGUGUGUAUUUCUAUAGACUGAGCAGACCCUAAUUGAAGUUUGUUUUCCAAAUUAACCUUUGCAGCGUUCUAAAUGCAUUUGUUAUUAAUAUAUUCGAUGUACUGCAUUAACUAACAGCAGUGUGGGCAAAGCAAGAAGAGAAAGUUAUUUAACAAGUGAUAAUCAUAUAACAUAUACGCAUAUAUUUACUUUCAUAGAAGUUUACUAAUUACAAUUAAUGCAAAUAUUCUCAAUAAAAUGUGGAG